GGAACCUCCAAUGAGGAAGUGUCGGCCAGGCAAGCUCCAAUCCGGGACCUUCCUAGCUUCUAAACGCAUUUCAUACUUCAUCUUCACAAGCUAUUAACACAUCAUCCUGAAGACUAGACAUACCCUGCUUUACAACAUGGCAAAGGGUUACAGCGUCUUCGUCGGCCUCGCCAUCGUGGCCGCCUUGUGCGUCGCCGCGUGGUUCUUUUCGCCGAAGGGCGAGAACCAGACAACGUGGCGCUCCUCCCUCAUCCUCGCUUUCAUCAGCUGCUACCUCAUGUGGUUCAUCACCUUCAUGGCGCAGCUGCACCCGCUAAUCGAGCCGAGACGAUCCAACAUACGUGAGGGUUUCCAGCACGAAUGAGACUCCUGUUCUAUCACAUUUCCCACGAGACGAACCUGCGUGAGGACGUAUCCCGAUGGGCGUAGGAACUAUCGAGCGUAUAAGAAAUAGAAAGACGGAUAACGGGACAUAAGACAAGUUACUAGCAUCCAGCCUAAACGUGACAAAAGGAAGAAUGGAAGAAUAGGCACAAUACUUGCUACGGAACGGAGGGGAGAGGAGAGUGACCGAGGUGAAAGUGGACUUGUACAAACAUCACUACCAUUGUUUACAUUGGUUUCGGCGUUCUGGAAGAUGGGAGGCCACCAAUACUCAGCAGCUGAGCAGGCCAUGCGGCUAGAGAGUUGUAUUUUUGCGUGUGUGCGCGCGCGCGUGUAUCCGGGAAUAUUAGGAGACAUAAUAAACGAACAUUUCGAACA